AUGGCAUCUUAUUUCUCAGCGUUAAUUUUUUUAUUUGCAGCAAUACAUCUUGCCCAGACAGUUACACUACACGCUGGUCUCAACAACGCACACUCUAACAGUGCCGACACUGAGGCGGUCAGCGCUCGGUAUUCAUCUUUGAUAGAGGAUAAAGAAGAAGUAACGCUGCUCGACAUCGUUCUCGUUGCCUCAGUAGAUGGUCGAUUCCACGCACUCAACCGUACCUCUGGACAGAAACUCUGGUCCAUAUCGCAUUCUGCGCCCGAGGCCCCGUCUAGUCUUGCGCCGCUCGUUCGUACCAAGCAUGCCACCCAUGACCCCGACUUGACAGACGAUGACGACACCCACCAUGAGGUCUACAUUAUCGAGCCACAGUCAGGCGACAUAUACGUGAUGGCUACCCCCACUAGUUCACUCCAGCGCCUCUCUUUUUCCAUGUCACAACUUGUCGAAAUGUCGCCCUUUAAAUUCGCGCGGGAUGACGAUGAGCGAGUUUUUGUGGGAAAGAAAGAGACAUCCUUAUUGUCGAUAGAGCUAGGGACCGGAAAAGUCAAGGCCAUCAAUGCUGAAUGCCCUUGGGAUCCGUUUGAGAAUUUCAGCAACAAAGAGGAGCUUGACUUGGACGAGCUUGAAGAUUAUAUGCCAAACAAGGAGAAUUUUACUCCGACGGAGGUCUUUAUUGGACGUACUGACUACCAAAUAUCCAUUUUCACCCGCUCAAAUACCCCCAAUGGUCGGAAGGUUCCUAUUCAGAACCUGUCUUUCUCCACAUAUGGUCCCAACAACCAGGACAAUGUCAUGCAAGCGGCGUACCGGAAGACGCAAGACAGUACAUACAUCGACUCCCUCCCCUCUGGCACAAUAGUUUCACUCAAACCGCAUGAAAAUGACUCCGCAGAUCCAUAUUCUCUGCAGAAGGCGCAGUUCAUGUGGACAAACCAUUUUGAUAGUCCCAUAGUGGCUGUAUUUGAUGUUUUGUCGAGUGCUCAGAGACCGGAUCCAUUCGUGCUCUUGCAACCUCGUCCUGACAUCUUGCGUGGAUCAGAUGUUUCCACCCUUGACAUCAACACAGCCUAUGUCGGACUUGUCGAAGAGACGAAGUCACUCUACGUAAUGAGUGUGGACCGUUUUCCACUGACUGCAUUUGGUGACACCGAAUUCAACCACAAACUCAUCGACUCUGUCGACGGCAUCACCCGGCGGCGCAAACAGGUGGAACUCUGCGAGCGUGAUCCAAGCGAUACCCGAUGCCUCACGGGUAAACGCCACCUUGACUCGUCUUUGAAUAACAAACAACUCCCUGGCGUUCCUGGGGCAAUGCUGCCUCCCGGUGUCGAAGAUGUCAACUCGAAUCCACCAAUCGAUGACGUAGAGGCCAUACCCACCCUGUCAGAUCCCAUGGACAACACAUCCACGAUCGUACCAGGCUGGAUGCCGUGGUCUGGCACCAGCUCUGGUGCACAUACAAAGGUCAUCGGACCAACAUCUCCCAUUUCUGCCAUUGGUUCCAUUCUGCUCGCCACUGUCUUUGUGGUCGGGUUUGUAUUCCGAUCAAAGCUUCCCCGCGUGAGGUUUCAUAUGGCGCCCGCCACGGCGACUUCGCCAAAUGCCAUCGAUGGAAAGAUGGAUAGGGAUACGACAACACUGCCUCAUCGCCCAGAUACCCCUGUCAUACCCGCAAUGGAGAUAUCCCCGGUUCUAUCCAAACCCGCACCAGUUACCAUCAACUCAGAAUCUAUGUUAUCACUAGACGACCCCAAUUCCCACGUACCGCAGCCUGCCAUCCACUUCGCAGAGCUUGAGCCACCUGAUACCCCCGCCACGGUAGCACAUGAUAUUGGAGAGGCAGAAGAUAGUGACAGGGAGAAUGCAACACCAAAGAAGCGAAAAGGCCCUCGACGUGGGCGCAGAGGAAAGAAAGGAAAAGGCACAGGGACAGUUGUUAAUGGCACUGGGGAUGAUAUUGAUGACAAGGAUGCAAACAGUCAUGUUCCUGAGGCUGUGGUCAAAGACAGCCUGAAUACUCCUUCUCCCACACUCGUGGUGCCUCAGACGCCGCAUGUCGCCACAUCUUCCCUGGUCGUAUCUGAUUCUAUCCUAGGUUUUGGAUCUCACGGAACCGUCGUGUACCAAGGUUCCCUUCAGGGCCGUGCAGUAGCUGUUAAGCGCCUCCUGCAAGACUUUGUCACUCUCGCUUCCCGUGAGGUUAGUAUUCUCCAAGAAUCGGACGACCACCCGAACGUCAUCCGAUACUACUAUCAAGAAGCCCAUGCAAAUUUCCUCUACAUUGCUCUCGAGCUUUGCCCCGCGUCCCUUGCAGACGUCAUUGAGAGCCCCGACCAGUAUCGCGAGAUAUCCAACUCAUUCGACCCAAAACGUGCUCUCCGCCAGGUAACGUCCGGGCUCCGACACCUGCACUCGCUCAAGAUUGUCCACCGCGACAUCAAGCCCCAAAACAUCCUUAUAUCUGCACCGAAGAAGGGUGCUUCGGGAAGAGAUGGCGGGCGGAGAAUGCUCAUUUCUGAUUUCGGCCUAUGUAAGAAGCUCGAGGUGGACCAAACGAGUUUCCUGCCGACAGCACAUGGCGCCAUGGCUGCGGGCACUGUCGGAUGGCGGGCGCCUGAAAUUCUCAGGGGGGAAGUGAAGCUUGACGACUCGAUGAGUGAUGACCACUCGCAAUCAUCACGAGGCAGCGUCGGUACUGCGGUGAAUGGGUCAACAUCAGGCAAGCCAACGAGACUGACUAAGUCCGUUGAUAUUUUUGCGCUGGGAUGCCUAUUUUACUAUGUCCUCACUAACGGAUUACACCCAUUCGGGGACCGGUUCGAGCGGGAGGUCAACAUUCUAAAAAAUGCCAAAUCCUUAGAUGGCCUACAGCAGUUCGGAGAAGAGGGCUCGGAGGCGGUAGAUUUAAUCACUAAAAUGCUAGAUCCUGAAGCUUGCAAUAGGCCGGACACUACAUCAUGUCUUCUACAUCCCUUUUUCUGGGACUCAGGCCGUCGUUUGAACUUCUUGCAAGACACAUCAGACCGCUUCGAGAUCAUGUGCCGAGAUCCCCGUGACCAAAACCUCAUUAUCCUCGAAACCGGCGCUUUUGAUGUCCUCGGUCAUGACUGGCACGCACGGUUAGACAAGGUUUUCAUCGAGAACUUGGGAAAAUACCGGAAGUACGACGGCAAGUCUGUGCAAGAUUUACUAAGGGCUCUACGUAACAAAAAACAUCAUUAUCAAGAUCUCCCAGAUCAUGUUAAGCGGCAUCUGGGGCCCAUACCGGAAGGCUUCCUAGGAUACUUUACUCGCCGUUUCCCCCGCCUCUUCAUGCAUGUGCACAGCGUCGUAUCCAACACACCCUUAUGCCACGAGUCCAUGUUCAGGACAUAUUUCGAAUUGGUUGACUAA